GCUCUAACAGUCUUGAAGUCAGCAUGGACAUGAAUUUGUCAGCGCGUUGUGCUUUGGUUCUUUUUCUGUUGGCAUUUGUAGAUUUGAAAAUAGUCUCUGCUGCAGAAACGGGAGACAUAUCUACAUCAAAGCCUGGAGUGUGCCCUGUUAGACAAUGGGACGUGGGGAUAUGUGCAGAGCUAUGUUCCAAUGACAGUGACUGCCCCAAUGAUGAAAAAUGCUGCCACAAUGGAUGUGGGCAUAACUGCAUUGCACCUAACACAGCAAAGCCUGGAGUGUGCCCUCGUAGACCAUGGGGCAGAGGGACGUGUGCAGAGUUCUGUUCCAAUGACAGUGACUGCCCCAAUGAUGAAAAAUGCUGCUACAAUGGAUGUGGGCAUGACUGCAUUGCACCGUACACAGCAAAGCCUGGAGUGUGCCCUCGUAGACGAUGGGGUGUGGGGAUGUGUGCAGAGUUCUGUUCCAAUGACAGUGACUGCCCCAAUAAUGAAAAAUGCUGCUACAAUGGAUGUGGGCAUAACUGCAUUGCACCGACACAGUGAAGCCCGGUCGCUGUGUCCUGCAAAGAUGGCCAGUGCCCCGAGGAACAGAUGUGUUUCUGGAUAUGUUGAUUCUAUGCCUGCAGUGAGCCAUUGAAGCUUUAUUGGAAAUUCCUAUGAGUUAUAAGAAAUAAGUAGAAAAUACAAAUCAUUACAUGUACAAUUAUGUCUAUGAAAACGGAUGAUUUUAUGCAAUAAUAAAUAUGAAAAAUGAUCAUAGCUUUUAUGGAAACUGGACAAUUUUCAUGGGCAGUAUGUGAAUUGACAAACGGCAGUAUGUGA